UCUGCCGGAAGUAAAGAAGAAGAAGAACUUCCAUGUGACGGGUGGAUGUUGUUUAGCUGCGGGUCAAAUCAAUCGGGGACGAAUAUUCCUCCUUUAAAUCAUUUAAACCAUAUCUCCGGUUAUUUUACCGGCACGUGGAUGUGUUCAGUUUGAUGAGCUCCGACAUCCGGGUCUUAUUCACGGUCCUCCCGCAGUUCGUCCCCAGCACCGACCGGCCCUCUGAUGGCCUUCAGGCGGCCGGACAGCUUCGAUGACCCGCUGUACGGAGCGAGCUACCCGGUCAGAAGCGCCGGAGGCCCCGCGGAGCUGCAGCACCACCACUGGGUCACUACGCCGCCGGAUAUCCCCGGCAGCCGCAACCUGCACCACGGAGAGCGGACACCUCAGCGUGACGAUCCGCUGGGAGAGCACGGAGGUCCCGGAGCUGCAGCCGGCUGGGAGGCUCCGCAGCCCGGCGUACCUCCUGGCGAGCAGCUCAAUCGAUUUGCUGGAUUUGGAAUCGGACUCGUCAGUCUGUUCACUGAGAACGUCCUUGCUCAUCCGUGCAUCGUCUUCCGCAGACAGUGUCAGGUGAACUACCACGCCCGAUGUUACCACCUGACUCCGUUCAGCGCCGUUGCCGUCAUGUACUCCAUCACUAAGGCUCAGGUGAAAAUACUUCAUAACAGAAACACGAAUAAAUGAUAAAAAAAAGACGAAAAUAUUGUUUGUCAUAAAAUAUGUAAAAUAUUAAAAACAUCUAUCAAUGAAACACAACAUUUUAUAAAACAUUACUAAGAAUGUCUUAUUAUUAUAAAAGUAUUUAUAUAUAAAUAACCAAUGAUAAAUGUACAUUGACAUAUUAUAUAGAUACUGGACACGGUUGGGCUGUCCUGGCUGACACGCCUCUUAAAUGUCGCAUGGGGGUCGGGAUCAGUGCCCAUGGACUGGCAGA